AUGUCUGACGCAGGAGAGGAGCCCGCCCCCGUGGCGGAGGUUGCCGCCCCCGCCCCGGGCGAGCCCAUGGACAUCAACACCGCCGUGCAGGUCGUCCUCAAGAAGGCCCUCGCCCACGACGGCCUCUCCCGCGGCCUGCACGAGGCGGCGCGCGCCAUCGAGAAGGGCGAGGCGCAGCUGUGCAUCCUGGCUGAGGACUGCAACCAGCCCGACUACAAGAAGCUGAUCGAGGCGCUGUGCGCGGAGCACAACGUCAACCUGAUCACCAUCCCCGAGAACAAGCAGCUCGGCGAGUGGGCGGGGCUCUGCAAGCUCGACGCCGAGGGCACCGCGCGCAAGGUCGUCGGCUGCUCGGCGGCCGUCAUCACCGACUAUGGGGAUGAGACCGAGGGCCUGGCGGUCCUGCAGGACUACCUCAAGGGCCGCUGA